AUGACACUAAUUUUAAAAGCCCCAAAAUUUUGUUAUUUACAGAAAGCCCCUAUCUCCCUCCCACACCCCUCCGCCACCACCCACACUCCUCCUCCGCCACCACCUCCUUCGCCUCCUCCACCAUCACUAUCACCUCCUCGGCCACCACCUACUUCGCCUCCUCCACCACAACCACCACCUCCUCCUACUCCUCCGCCACUGCCUUUGCCUCUUUCUCCACCUGCUCCGGCUCCUUCGAUUCCUCCUCCAGCUUCUUACCCUCGCUUUCCACCAUUGAUCACCUUUUGCAGAAAAUCCAACAACUUCGUUUAUUGUGGUAACAAUUAUCGAAUUUGUUGCAACAACUCGAUAAAUACUGAGUUGCAACAAAUUUCGUAG